ACGUUGAGGUGCAUCGAGGUGGUUGUACUUUGUAGUCUACAUCACGAGCUGCUGUAAACAACCGGUUAGGGUUUUUUGAUUCAUCGUCUUCGUCUUCGUCUUCGUCUGAGAGAGAGAGAGAGAGAGAGAGAGAAGGUAAAAAUGGAAGGGAUAACGGAGGGAGUUAACAACAUCAACAUCUCUGAUUCGUACAAGAAGAAUCGCAUUCAGGUUUCGAACACAAAAAAGCCUCUCUUCUUCUACGUGAAUCUCGCCAAGAGGUACAUGCAACAGCAUAAUGAGGUCGAGCUCUCAGCACUCGGGAUGGCUAUUGCCACGGUGGUUACUGUUGCUGAGAUAUUGAAAAAUAACGGGCUUGCUGUUGAAAAGAAAAUCAUGACAUCAACCGUAGACAUAAAGGAUGAUUCUAGAGGUAGACCUGUCCAAAAGGCCAAGAUUGAAAUAGUACUUGGAAAGACAGCAAAUUUCGAUGAGUUGAUGGCUGCCGCAGCUGCUGAAGAUGGUGAAAAUGGAGAUAUUGAUGAGCAGGGUGCAUGAAGUUCUACGUCCAUGUGGGAUGAUGAUGUGUAUUUCCUAGUGAUUUGCAUUUUUUUGUUGUUGCAAGAUAGAGGAUAUGGAUAGGAUUCAUUAGUAGACAAGCCCUUCAGUGUUGAACUAUGAAGGCACUUACUAGUUUCUCUUCUUCCUGGGUUCGGUUUGUCGUUUAUGUAGAGAGAUUCAUUUCAUAACUAUAUAUUGAUCAAGUUUUGGUCUUA